AAAGUUGGAUGUUUUGUAAGAUAAUAUUGAGUAAUGCAGAAAAAUAUGUAGGCAUGUUUGCAUGUGAUUGGUACUUGUACUCACAUAAUCCCCACACCACAGGAGAAAACAGAUAAACACACUCUGGCCACUAGGGCCAGGCCAAAUAGCAAAAUAAGUUUACCUUUAAUCUGUUUUCUCUAUACCUAAACACUGGAAGUGAUGACUGUGGAGAGAUCUGAAGACAUAGAGUUUAAUCUCCUGUGGCCCCAUCAUCUUUUGGUUACUGUCUGAUCUCUGGAAGAAAGGUGGGCAACAGGUGGCCAGCAGUGGUGUACCUGUGGUUAUUUUAUUCUUGCUGCCCUCUGCUCUUUCUAUGGUGACUAUCUUGUUCCACCCUCAAAACUGUAGAAAGAUGUUGGUAAAGAGAGGCUGUCCCCUCACUUCUGGCAGAAAAGGGGUGUUCAGACCCUUCACCCUCCUGAUGUCAGGGCUGCAUUUCAAUGUGGCAGCUAUUGGCCAUGUGUAGCUACUGGCUGCCUGGAAUGUGGCUGGUCUGAAUUGCAAUGUGCUAGAAAGGUAAAAUAGAGUUAAUUUCAAAGAUUCAGUUCCAAAUAAAUAUAUAUACUUUAUUAAUAAUUACAUAUCGCUCACAUAUUAGAAUAAGGUUUUAGAUAUAUUGGGUUAAAUUGUUACAAUCAAUUCCACCUGUUUCUUGUUUCUUUUUAAAGUUUGGCUGCUAAAAAAUGUACAAUUCACGUGUCGCCCACAUUUUAUUUCAGAGGAUUGCCUUCUUUUUAAAAUUUCAGGCUGCCUGCUUAAAAAAACAGAAGUUGGCCGGGCUCUGUGGCUCACACCUGUAAUCCCAGCACUUUGGGAGGCCGAGGCGGGCGGAUCACAAGAUCAAGAGAUCAAGACCAUCCUGGCCAACAUGGUGAAACCCCGUCUCUACUAAAAAUACAAAAAUUAGCUGGGUGUGGUGGCGUGCGCCUGUAGUCCCAGUUCCUCGGGAGGCUGAGACAGGAGAAUCGCUUGAACCUGGGAGGCGGAGGUUGCAGCGAGUUGAGCUCGUGCCACUGCACUCCAGCCUGGCGACAGAGCUAGACUCUGUCUCAAAAAACAAAAACCAAAAACAAAACAAAACAACAAAACCAGAAGCCAGGAAGUUCAUAAAAUCUGAAAAUUUCGAAUAAUUGGUAUUAUAUUCUUUGCAUUUGUGAAUAGACAUAUAAUAUACUAUUUAUAAACGCAUAUGGCCUUAUUCACAAGGUUAAAUGCAAAUACUGUCUGGGGUGGGCCUGACUCAGCUCAGGGAGGAAGCCCCGUCUGAAAAGGCUGCAGCUUAGGCUGUCACUCUUCCUUCAGUCCAGCGUCUGAUCACAUCUCCCGUCACUCAGGGCCUGAAGGGGCGGGGCCUUAAACGUUAUCCAAUCAGGAACGCUGGGCUGGGAACCAUCCAAUCAGGCACGCAACUGGAGCGGACAGCACAGCUUCCGGGAUUUGGCGGGGCCUUUGUCUCUCGCUGCGGCCGGCGCUCCACGUCUAGUCUUCACUGCUCUGCGUCCUGUGCUGAUAAAGGCUCGCCGCUGUGACCCUGUUACCUGCAAGAACUUGGAGGUUCACAGCUAAGACGCCAGGACCCCCUGGAAGCCUAGAAAUGGGACCACUGACAUUUAGGGAUGUGAAAAUAGAAUUCUCUCUAGAGGAAUGGCAAUGCCUGGACACUGCGCAGCGGAAUUUAUAUAGAGAUGUGAUGUUAGAGAACUACAGAAACCUGGUCUUCCUUGGUAUUGCUGUCUCUAAGCCAGACCUGAUCACCUGGCUGGAGCAAGGAAAAGAGCCCUGGAAUCUGAAGAGACAUGAGAUGGUAGACAAAACCCCAGUUAUGUGUUCUCAUUUUGCCCAAGAUGUUUGGCCAGAGCACAGCAUAAAAGAUUCUUUCCAAAAAGUGAUACUGAGAACAUAUGGAAAAUAUGGACAUGAGAAUUUACAGCUAAGAAAAGACCAUAAAAGUGUGGAUGCAUGUAAGGUGUACAAAGGAGGUUAUAAUGGACUUAACCAGUGUUUGACAACUACUGACAGCAAGAUAUUUCAGUGUGAUAAAUAUGUGAAAGUCUUUCAUAAAUUUCCAAAUGUAAAUAGAAAUAAGAUAAGACAUACUGGAAAGAAACCUUUCAAAUGUAAAAACCGUGGCAAAUCAUUUUGCAUGCUUUCACAAUUAACUCAACACAAGAAAAUUCAUACUAGAGAGUAUUCUUACAAAUGUGAAGAAUGUGGUAAAGCCUUUAACUGGUCCUCAACCCUUACUAAACACAAGAUAAUUCAUACUGGAGAAAAACCCUACAAAUGUGAAGAAUGUGGCAAAGCUUUUAACCGGUCCUCAAAUCUUACUAAACAUAAAAUAAUUCAUACUGGAGAGAAACCCUACAAAUGUGAAGAAUGUGGCAAAGCUUUUAACCGGUCCUCAACCCUUACUAAACAUAAAAGAAUUCAUACAGAAGAGAAACCCUACAAAUGUGAAGAAUGUGGCAAGGCCUUUAACCAGUUCUCGAUUCUUAAUAAACAUAAGAGAAUUCAUAUGGAAGAUAAACCCUACAAAUGUGAAGAAUGUGGCAAAGCCUUUAGAGUAUUCUCAAUUCUUAAAAAACAUAAGAUAAUUCAUACUGGGGAAAAACCAUACAAAUGUGAAGAAUGUGGCAAAGCCUUUAACCAGUUCUCAAACCUUACUAAACAUAAGAUAAUUCAUACUGGAGAGAAACCCUACAAAUGUGAUGAAUGUGGCAAAGCCUUUAACCAGUCCUCAACACUUACUAAACAUAAAAGAAUUCAUACGGGAGAAAAACCCUACAAAUGUGAAGAAUGUGGCAAAGCUUUUAAACAGUCCUCAACCCUUACUGAACAUAAGAUAAUUCACACUGGAGAGAAACCCUACAAAUGUGAAAAAUGUGGCAAGGCCUUUAGCUGGUCCUCAGCUUUUACUAAACAUAAGAGAAAUCAUAUGGAAGAUAAACCGUACAAAUGUGAAGAAUGUGGCAAAGCCUUUAGUGUAUUCUCAACCCUUACUAAACAUAAAAUAAUUCAUACUAGAGAAAAACCCUACAAAUGUGAAGAAUGUGGCAAAGCCUUUAACCAGUCCUCAAUUUUUACUAAACAUAAGAUAAUUCACACUGAAGGGAAAUCCUACAAAUGUGAAAAAUGUGGCAAUGCUUUUAACCAGUCCUCAAACCUUACUGCACAUAAGAUAAUUUAUACUGGAGAGAAACCCUACAAAUAUGAAGAAUGUGACAAAGCCUUUAACAAGUUCUCAACCCUUAUUACACAUCAGAUAAUUUAUACUGGAGAGAAACCCUGCAAACAUGAAUGUGGCAGAGCCUUUAACAAAUCCUCAAAUUAUACUAAAGAGAAACUACAAACCUGAAAGAUGUGACAUUGAUUUUCACUACACCUCAAACUUUUCUAAACAUAAACCAUAUUGGUGCCCUAGAAAUGUGAGGAAUGUGACAAGGCCUUUAAAUUGUUGUCAUGCUUGAUUGUAGGUAAGAUAAUUUAUAUUGGAGAAAAAUCCUCCAAGUAUGAAGAAUGUGGCAAACUUUUAACCAAUCCUCACACCUUAUUGCACAGGAAAGCAUUUAUACUUGAGAAAAAUUGUAUAAAGAAUAUGGAAAAGCCAUUUAUAUCUGCUCACAUGUAAAAACAUCAGUUCAUACUUAAUAAAAUGCAAUUACUGUCAAAUCUUUCAGAAAAUAUAAGCCUUUAAUACGAGGAAGAGUAUUCUUAAGAUGAAAAUUACAAAUAGAAAGAGGGUUGUACUACCUUUAGUUUUAUGAUAGAUCUUAUUGUACACAUUUUGUACCAGAGGAAAACCCUAAAGCAUUAGUUGCUCAAACUUUGUUCGACAUCAGGGAAUUUAUAUUGGAGAAAAACCCUGCAAAUGUAAUAAAUAUGGAAAAACAUUUUUUCAAAAACUACAGCUUGGAAAACAUCAGAGAGUUCAUACUAAAAUAUAUUUUUGCAGAUGCAGUAAAUAUGAAAAAUAUUUAAUCCCAAAUUAAGUCUAUGUAAAUAUCAGAAUUCACAGUAGAAAUCAUAAGGCAUAAGGUACUGACACUUCAGACAUUACACUAAAUUAGAGUGUUGAGUAUAGGAGAUCCAAAACUAAAAUUGUUAGGUAAGUUAUUUAUAUAUAACUUUAAAAGAAGUAGAAGAUUUUUUGGAGAUUUAUAAUUACAUUCAAAGUAUACUUUUUUCUUGAAAAAAAAUUACAGAUUUUUUGAAAAGCAAUUGAUGUAAUUUAACUCUCAAAUUCAUGUUUUUCUUCAUUCCUAUUGUAUUCACAUGUGAAAGCAAGUGAUCUGUUGUUGCUGAAUCAGAGAUAUGAGAGAUUCUUUUUUAUAGGUGGGCAUUAUUUAUGCCCCUUUCUGUGGAAGAGUAAGAAAAUUAAAAUAUAAGAUGCAUGAGGAAAAUGUAGAGAUGCUCUUUGUGAUUAACUUAGAAUAUUAAGUGCUACUUGAGGUACAUGUUCAGACUAACAUUCUUUUGCAGUAUAGUGAGAAAAAAACAUUUUAAAAUUAAUGUAUCAUUUUGUUGAUUGUGCUUUUAUGUAAUAAAAUGCAGUACUUUAAAACA